AAAAAAAAAAAAAAAAAAAAAAAAAAAAAAAAAAAAAAAACUACACUUCCCAGAAUGCACUGGUAGCAGCAAGGAGGGACCUGACACCUGGUGCUUGACAGCUUGACACCUGAUCAGUGAUCACUGAUAUAGAGCACCUGGGAAGGACUGGGGGAAGCUCAGCCAGUCUGGCAAACACACUUCAGAAGAGAGACACGAGGAAAGAACAAAGAAGAGCCAAGUCCACUCAUGGAUUCAGUCCAAAGACGCCAAUGGUUUACAACCUAUUGAAAUACUCUGACCAACCAACUAGAAGGAAAAUAAAGUUUUGUGUUGGAAGUUUAAAACUGAGUUGUCCUCGCGUCCUUUGGAGGGAAAGAGAGGUGGACUUAACAGUUGUAAACCACGCGGAGCAGCCUGGCCCUGAGGAUAAACGGCUUCAGAACCAGAAAUAAGCUGUUGACGCAGAGGAAGUCAAGAUGGCGGAAGAUGUCCUGGGGAAGUCGGUCAAGGAGCUCAAAAAAGAGAGGACCACUGCAAAAAGCAGCUUCACCAGACAAGCCAACUUCAUUUCAAAAGGAGCAAGCAGCAUGCUUCAAGUGGAAUUAAAGGAGGAAUUCACUAAACUUUCAGACUGUUUCAGAAAGAUGCUCAAUGCCAAUGAUGAUUACCGGAUUGGACUGGAGGCUGACAUUAAGACUGAGAAUGAGGAGGCAGAUCUUGAUGAACAGCAAGAGGCCGAUAUUGACAGAUCUGUAAAAGAAGGUGAAACAAAGUUAGCAGAAAUAAGAGACAUUGUUCAAACAAACCUGUGGUCAAGGUACGGGAAGAGUGAACUUGAUGUGGCAAUCCUGGAAGCAGAAAAAGCCGCUGAUAGAGCGGCUGGUGUAACUGUGGAAAGCAGCAAUUUGGAGGGCUAUGAAGUGCACCUCAUUCUCUUGGACAAAAGAGUGAAGGAGGCCAUCUCAGCAAUGUCAACAUGGGAGAGAUGGAUCCCUGCGGAAUUAAAGGAUGAACUGGAUGGAAGAGUCAAGGAUGUGAGAGCAUCCUAUUACAGCCUUGAAUUAAGGAAAGCUGACUUUGCCACUGCUCGGAUGAGGGAUGAAAAACUCACAGGAGUGAAACUACCACCCCCAACUGGCAACGCCCACACCAAUGGUGAGAAUCCAGCCAAUCACUCUACCUAUCUUCAAUGGAAACAAGAGAGAAUAUCACAGAUGGAGGAAAGACUGGGAAAGCCUGCAAAAGCAGGGAGAGCCAUCUGGUUCAAUUGAAGUUAAGAAAAUUCAACUCUUGGAGAGUGUGGAUGACAAAAUCUCAAAAGAUCUCAGACUUUCCACCUAUACCACUGCCAAUGACAUGUUCAGAGUUCUGGAGAACAGAUAUGGCAACAAGUUAACCAUCACUGUGGAAAUCCUUGAAGAGCUGGAGAAGAUGCCACAUGUGAAGGGGAACCAGCCAAGAAAGGUCAUUGACCUCAUACAGUCAGUGGAGAAGGCCCUAGCAGAUCUCACAGAAUUAGGAAACUCUGGAGCCAUAAAGAACCCACUGGUAGUUAAAUCCAUUGAAAGUAAGUUGCCUGACUUUAUUAAGAGAGACUGGCUGAUGUUCAUGGUCGAACCUAGAAACAACGUCACAUCAGACAACCACUUUGACAUGCUCUUGAAGUUCCUGAAAAGUCAAGAAGAAAUACUAGAGAGACUCGAACAGCUCAGGACUGUGGAGAAAACGGAGAAGACAGAUCGUUUUGACAAGAAGUACGAGAGAAAGAUUGCCUCAACAAAAACCACAAAGAAGGAAAAACUUGAUGAGGUAUGUGGUGUUUGCGGUGAUGGUGGGCACAACAACAAAAUCUUCUUCUGUAGAAAGUUCAAAAGACUUAAGCUACCUGAAAAGAAAGCUGUAUUGAGAAAGCUGGGAGCAUGCAGGAAAUGUCUUGGAUGCCAUGAUGAAGAUGGAUACUGCAGAGACACUUUCCUAUGCAGAAACAAAGACUGUAAAAGGGGAGGCGAUGCCCCAGACCACCAUUUCUUCCUCUGCCCAAAAGGAGAAGUCAAAAGAGGUGAAGAGGAAAGGAGUGGAAAAUACAGCAAAGGUGAAAGCACACUGACGGAGGAACAAAAGCAGAUCUUGUCUGAACUUACCCCAGAAAUGGCAGAUCGAUGCAGGAAAGCUUUUACCAACACCAACAAGACCACGGGGACAUUCGAUGCUUCAGGCCAGUCUGACCUACUGCAGAGAAAUGGGCUCGCUGAACUUCCUGUCAUUAUGAUGUUGAUGCAAGUCACUGCAAAUGCAGGGCAGAAAAUUGGGACUUUAAUUGACCUUGCUUCAGAUACAAACUACAUCACCCAUAAGGCUGCUGAAAGACUGAGGUUAAGAAAUGAGAAGAUAACCUUAGUUGUGCAUGGAGUUGGUGGAAUGACCAUGAAGGUGAACACACAAAGGUAUCUCCUCAAAGUCAGAGUCAAGACUCCUAAAGGAACAGAGAGAGCUCAUGAAAUGGUCUGCUACGGCUUGGAUGAAAUCGCCAGAGUGCAUCAAGUAAUUGAACCUGAGCAAUUGAAAAAUUCUUCCCAGAAGUCAAACUUGAAGAAUUGGAAAGGCCAGAAGAGGUUGAACUUCUCAUUAGCCACCGAGAGGGAAGGCUCGCUCCCCAGAGAGUGAAAGUCAUUGGAGACCUCGUCUUGUGGGAGGGUCCAUUGGGGAAAACAGUGGGUGGAGCGCAUCCCGACUUGUUUGAAGAAGUGGAGGUGGCAGCAUAUGAGUCCAAGACACACUUUGCUCGCUCCAUGAGGACAGCAGCUGUCAAAUAUCAAGAACUCAGAAUUCAUUCGACUGACAUAGCCCAGCUACAGCAGGAGGACAUGGCUCAGACCAAAUUCACAGCUUCCAGUAACCGUAACUUCCUUGAGUGGUGGCACUGGGACAGCAUCGGCGCUGCUUGUGAGCCAAGAUGUGGAGGAUGCCGAUGUGGAAACUGUCCACCAGGAGGAAAAGAAAUGACCCUGGCAGAGGAGAUGGAGCUUGAUGUCAUUAAAAGAGGCCUCACCUACAGAAAAGGAGAUGCUCACACACCAUCUCCACACUGGGAUGCAAAGUAUCCUUGGACAGUAGAUCCAGCCUCUCUUCCAAAUAACAAAGGUGCAGUCCAAGCUUGUUUCUUAAGGAUGGAAAAGCAACUGAGCAGGGAGCCAGACUGGAAAGUUGCAUAUGCUACACAGAUCCAUGAAAUGGUGGAACGAGGUGCGGCCAUACAACUCACCAACG